CCUUGGGUUAUAACCUCCAUACGCAUUUAAGACAUUCGAAUUCUUGAAAUAUUUGGCUUUGAGCAUACUGCUAAGGGAGGGCAUUGCCCACUAUGAAUGCGCCACACUUGUUUUUCAAGAAGGCAACAUUCAAUGUAUUGAUGUUUCUAAACCCAGUUCUGAAUUUUAAUCUCCUUAUUAAUUGUUAAUUUGUUAAUUUAUGAGUUUGUUAUUAAUUUAUUAUCAAUUUCAUUUUCCAUAAACUCAUUCCUAAUAUAAACAUGCUACAUAAUUAAAACCUAAAGUCAACAAUGGCAAAUUUUUCAUUGGCUCUCCUCUUUCUCUUCGUAUCUCUCUUCUCCCCAUUUCUCCCAAUCAAAGCUCAAGAUCUCCACAAAAUUCGAUUUAAAUCACCUGGUCUUUACCCAGAAGGUCUAACAUACGAACCUACAUCUCAACGCUUCAUCGUCGCAUCUCUUCAAGGGAACAAAUUCAUCUCAGUCUCCGGUUCCGGCGACACCCUUACUCUAACCCUAAACUCCCCCGAAAUUUCUCCAAAUUCUACCAUUCUCGGCCUUGCCGUUGACCAUCGCAAUCACCGUCUUCUCGCCGCCAUUAAUUCUUUCUCUUCCCCCUUUAUCGCCUCCUUUAAUCUUAAUCAAUCCUCUCUCGAUCUCCAUUUUCUCGCUCUUCUUUCUCCUUCCAUUGGGAUCGCAAACGACGUCGCUUUCGAUGAUUCAGGAAACGCUUAUGUAACAAACUCCGAUAAAAACUUCAUUUCCAAAGUAACCGAAAACGGUACCGUUGCAGUUCUCUCAAAUUCAUCUCGUUUUACACAUAAUCCAGUACAUGAAUCUCCAUACUCUUACUGUGGACUUAACGGCGUCGUUUACGUAAACGGUUUCCUUCUCGUUGUUCAAUCAAAUACAGGAAAAAUGUUCAAAGUUAACACCAUUGACGGAACAGCAACAACCGUUAAUCUACCAUUAGAUUUGAAGUUAGCUGACGGAAUCGCCGUCAAAGAUGACGGAAUUGUAGUGGUAGUUUCCAUGAAUAAAGCAUGGUUUUUAAGAAGUGUUGAUGAUUGGAACAACGGUGUUGUAGUUGACGAAAUUGCCCUUGAUGAAAAUGGUUAUCCUACUUCUGUUGUUGUUAGAGAUGGACGAAGGGUAUAUGUGGUAUAUGGGUAUGUUCAAGAAGCUAUAACUGGAAAUUCACAAGAGAGAGAAUGGUUUAGGAUUGAAGAGAUUAGGAUGAAAAAAGAAACAGAAGAAGGAAGUUUGUUGUGGGUUGUUUUGUUGGUUGGGUUGGGCUUGGGUUAUUUCUUUUUUUGGAAGUUUCAAAUGGGUCAGCUUGUUAAGAAUAUGGAUAGAAAACGUUUGUAGUGUUUUCAUAGGGGAGAAUUUGUAGCUUAUAAGUUAUUAUGAGAUGAUUCAUCGAAAAAUGCAUUUUAUUUAUAAGACUAAAUAGCUCAUCUCAUACAUAUUAUGUAAAUAUAGAUUUCUUGUUUAAGGUCGUCUUAUCCAGAGAUGGUAUCUCACAAGAGUAGCUCUUUGUUUUUCGGUAGUUGAUCUUUUGCGUUUGUAUCUUAUUUUUUAAUGGGAAUGAUCAUGUUUUUGAAUUGCAAA